UAUCAUUCGCUGCCACUUCAGCACUGCCGGUAUACACGUACAUGCGUAUCUAUGCACUUUUAUUCGUUCAUUGUUCUCAGAAACCAGAAAAUUUCGUCAGAAUUCUCCCCAUUGGCUGGAGAAAUUGUUUGGAGGUGGUCAGGGGGAUACGAGAGCUGUCAAAUUGCGUUCCUGAAGGGGAGAAGUUCGCUUCUCGAUCGAUCCGCCGUUUUUUCCAGCGAAAAGGUUGAUCGGGCUAUUGGAGAGGCAAAUGGCGCAUAGGAUAGAUCAGGAUUACGAUUAUUUGUUCAAGAUCGUGUUGAUCGGUGAUUCUGGUGUUGGGAAGUCCAAUAUAUUGUCGAGAUUCACCAGAAAUGAGUUUUGCUUGGAAUCCAAGUCCACCAUCGGCGUCGAAUUUGCCACCAGAACACUUCAGGUAGAAGGGAAGACGAUCAAGGCACAGAUAUGGGACACAGCAGGGCAAGAACGGUAUCGGGCAAUCACCAGUGCUUAUUACAGAGGUGCCGUGGGUGCACUUCUUGUUUAUGACAUAACCAAGAGACAGACCUUCAACAACGCCCAGAGAUGGCUGCGAGAACUGAGAGACCAUGCGGAUUCCAACAUUGUGAUAAUGAUGGCUGGGAACAAAUCCGAUCUGAACCACCUGAGAUCAGUUGCCGAGGAAGACGGCCAGUCUUUGGCCGAGAAGGAAGGCCUCUCCUUCCUCGAGACGUCAGCCCUCGAAGCCACCAACGUGGAGAAAGCUUUUCAGACCGUUUUAACAGAGAUUUACCAUAUCGUCAGCAAAAAAGCGUUGGCUGCUCAAGAAGCAGCGGCCGCUAACUCUGCAAUUCCUGGCCAAGGAACUACCAUCAACGUUGAUGAUGCAUCUGGAGUCGCCAGAUAUGGAUGUUGCUCUUCUACUUAAAAGGUAAAAGCUCGUCUCUUCUUCUUGUUGUUGUCUUUUGUCCCCAUGUCUUUGUCUAUUCUUCUUGUUAUUGUUCCUGUUUUAUAAGAUUGAGAAGUGUUCAUUUUUUUCUCUCUGUACUUUUGACUUUUGUAACGCCAUUGAAGUAGAAAAUGACCCAUUACAAGAGCACAGAGAAAUAGUGGUUGUGGUUGUGGAGAAUCA